AUGUACUCAUACACUUUUGAUGAUAUCCUAGAGGAGGCGGGCAAGUUCGGCCGAUCGCAGAAGCGUAUCUUUGCCCUGCUAUGCAUGGUCUCCAUGCCAUGGGCCGGUGUCUACGUAGGUAUUGUAUUCCAAGGGUUCACCCCAGAGCACUGGUGCCGAGACUCAGGGGUGAGUCAGAUCCGGAAGAGCUGUGGCUGGAACCUGAUGGACACUAGAAAGAUCACGGUCCCGGUGGUCAACACCUCAGGAGUGUUGGUCCACAGCCAGUGUGAGCAGUAUGAACUGGACUGGAAUGCUACGGGUCUGACAUGUGACAACCCAGAGUCUGACCUCACUGACGCCCUUCGCAGCAAAGCUCCCAUGACCUCCUGCAAGGAAGGAUGGGAGUAUGACUACAAGGGGAGACAGUCCUUUGUGACAGAGUUUGACCUGGUGUGUGCUGAUGCCUGGGUGGUGGACAUGUACCAGGCUACACUCAAUGUGGGCUUCUUCAUAGGGAGCAUAGCCAUUGGAUACCUAGCUGACAGAUUUGGCAGAAAGGCGAGCUUCUUGGUGUCCAACCUCUUGAAUGGGAUUUUUGGAAUUCUUGUGGCAUGGUCUCCAAAUUGGGUAUCCAUGCUGGUCUUCCGAGCAUUAUAUGGCUUCGGUGUCAAGGGAGGCUGGGUGGCUGGAUAUGUUCUGAUCACUGAGCUGGUAGGAGUAGAGUACAGGAGGACUGUGGGAGUCGUCUACCAGAUGUUCUUCAGUGUUGGAAUUCUCAUCCUGCCCCUCAUCUCCUACUUCAUCACAGACUGGCGCUGGUUGCAGGUGGUCAUCACUGCACCUUAUAUCCUCUUCCUGUCCUACUACUGGUUUAUCCCGGAGUCUCCAAGAUGGCUUCUCUCUCAGCACAAUGCAAAGAAAGCUGUGGAGAUCACUGAGGCAAUAGCGAAAGAAAACAAGAAAACCCUCUCCAAGAACAUUGAGACGAUGAGAGACGACAAUGCCGAUACCUCAACCGCCUCGUUCAUGGACCUAAUCAGAACUCCAAAAAUGAGAAAACACACCUUCAUCCUUAGUUUCAACUGGUUCACUAGUGCUGUCGUCUACCAGGGUCUUAUCAUGCGUCUAGGAAUCCUGGGAGGAAAUGUCUACAUUGACUUUCUCAUCUCUGGUCUGGUGGAAUUCCCUGCUGCCUUCCUCAUCCUCUUUACCAUCGAUCGUAUCGGACGGCGUCUUCCCUUUGCCACAGCCAACAUUGUAGCUGGAGCUGCAUGCUUCAUUACUGCCAUGAUCCCCGAGACCAUGUUCUGGUUCAAAACAGCGGUGGCCUGCAUAGGCCGGUUGGGCAUCACCAUGGCUUUUGAGAUGGUGGUGUUUGUGAACACUGAAUUGUACCCUACGUUUGUCAGGAACCUGGGUGUGUCUGUGUGCUCCACUCUGUGUGACAUCGGAGGCAUCGUGGCCCCGUUCCUUCUCUACAGACUGGCUGCCAUCUGGCUGGAGCUGCCACUCAUCAUCUUUGGGGCCCUUGCGUUUCUGGCUGGAGCUUUGGUUUUGCUGUUGCCUGAGACCAGAGGUGUACCACUUCCUGACACCAUCGAUGACAUUGAGUUUCCAGAAAAAUGCGAAGAAAAAGCUCUGAGGAGUAAAGAGCUGAGGAGGAAAGAGAUGAUAAUGCUCUUACCCACCGCCACGAUGACCAACAAAGAACCCGAGACUGUCUGA